GGAUCAUGCGGAAGUUUACGCACACGGCACUGGGCACAUGAGCAGUGAACACAUGUUGCCGAUGUUGCGUGCUCGUAAAUAUAAGCUCGAUGUUAAAAAAGGAAAAGCGUUAUUAAGACAACAAUUUACGUGUUAUAUCUACAAUUAAAUAAAUAGACGCGUUAGAGACACUUUAAUCUUAACCAUCAACCGGCGAAAUACAGGCAAUAUGGAGCCAAUAUCAGCCUUCUCCGUGUAUGAGACAGAAUGUAAAAACACAGAACAGUUAUCGAGUGAAAAGAAAAAGAAAAAAAAGUUGCAAAGAGCUUUGAACAGAAAACAAAAGGAUGUUAAACAAACAAGCGUAAAGCAACAGAUACAAGACAAAGGGAUAAAAUCUACAAGAAAAUUGAAUAGUGUCAAUAAUAGGACAUUAAUAAGCAAGAUAAAUAACGUUCGAAUUAUGCAUAGAAAAUUACAAUUAAAAGCUAUGAGGGAGCAUAAGAAGAAAAGUAAAAAGAAUCUUAACAAGAGAAAAACUAUUCUAAUGACUGAUGCAGGAGUUACGGAGAAUAAUAGAACAGGAAGCAGUGAGAACGAUUUAAAUAUAGACUCGAAUCAUACGAGUCAUUCAAAUAAUACCAGCAUAGAGAUGAAUGAAAAAUAUGGUGAUGUUUAUCGCAAUCCAUGUAUGGAUAGUCAUCAAUUAUUGCAGUGGCUGUUGUGUCCUAUGCAUGUGGAAACCUUCUUGGAACAGAAUUGGGAAAACACUCCGAUGUAUGUGAAAAGGGAUACUCCUGAUUAUUACAAGAGCCUUGUAUCGACGCCUUUAUUGGACGAAGUGUUGAGAAAGAAUCAUAUUCAGUUUACUAAAAAUAUCGACAUAACGUCCUAUUCCAAUGGCGUGAGAGAGACUCACAACCCUCCUGGUCGUGCUCUUCCAAGCGUCGUUUGGGACUACUACCGAAACAAGUGUUCCGUGAGAAUGUUAAAUCCACAGACAUUUAUACCUAGGAUACACGCGUUAAACGCUACCCUCCAGGAGUUCUUUAAUUGCUUCGUUGGCGCCAAUUUGUAUCUCACGCCACCUAAUAGCCAAGGUUUCGCGCCUCAUUACGACGAUGUGGAAGCAUUUAUUUUGCAAGUCGAGGGUCAAAAGAGAUGGAAGCUGUACAAGCCGCUUAACGCGAACGAAUAUCUGCCGAGGUAUUCGUCCAAGAAUUUUGAUCAGUCGGAGAUAGGAGAGCCUAUACUGGACACGAUUGUCAAAGCCGGGGAUUUGUUGUACCUGCCACGGGGAACCAUCCAUCAAGGAGUGACUCUCGGCGAUACCCACAGCUUGCACGUCACGUUGAGUGUGUAUCAGAAGAACAGUUGGUGCGAUUUCCUCGAGAAACUACUUCCGCAGGCUCUGAAGCAAGCCGCCGAGAACGAUGUCCGUUUUCGCGAGGGUCUGCCGCUGGAUUGCUUAACGUACGUCGGCACUGCACACAGCGAAGGUUACCGCAAAGAUGUUUUCAAGAAUAAGGUUAAGGAUUUGAUCACUCUGAUGUUAGACCACAUUGAUAUCGAUAACGCGGCCGACUUAAUGGCCAAGAGUCACAUCCACGAUUUUCUGCCACCCUUCGUCUUUAAGAGCGAACGGAAGUGUACGGUGAUGGAAGACGGCGAGGUCAUGACCAGCAAUGGGCUUGUCAAGAAUCACGCGGAGAUUACGCUUGAGACAAAGAUACGAUUAUUGAGAUUGCAUUGCAUAAGGUUGAUAAAAGAAGAUACAUAUAAGAUCUAUUACUCUACCGAAAAUUCCAAAGAAUAUCACGAAUAUGAGCCACAGUUCUUGGAAGUUGAUGAAGAAUUUGUAUCUGGGAUUAAGCAAAUGAUAGCAGCCUAUCCUGAAUUUAUAUCUGUGAAGAAACUGCUAAUCGAGACUGACGACGCAAAGAUUCAAAUAGUGAAGGAUCUGUGGGAAAAAGGUUUAAUCUCAACGGAGGACCCUCUAUGUUGAAUUGUAAAUUCAUUUUUUAUAAAAAAAAAAAAACAAAUUAAGACGGAAAAACUGUGACGGAAAAAUGAACAAAGCUUUUCGUUACAGUACAAUAUCUAAAAUAUAUGUUGCAUAGGUAAUUUAUCUGCUUCGAAAGGAAAUUUUUCAUUGUUUUUGCAUGAAGCGGACAAUAGCAAUGUAUUAUACUAUUAUAGUAUUACAAUGUUACAAGUAAAAAAUUGCGUACAAUGAUUUUGGUCUUGUUAUAUUUUGUAAUUCGUAUUAGCUUUUACAAUAUAUUUUAAAUUUUACAUUUUAAAUCUUUUUCGUUUAUAUACGAUGGUUCUUAAUGAUAUAUCAAUGUUCAGAAGAUAGAUUUAGAUUUCUUGCAUUUUAUGAUAAAGGCUGAUAUACAUUUUUUAUUCAUAUCUCUAUUUUGUACUA